AUGUCAGCUUUUGAUUGGAUACUCGCUAUUGAUGGGUAUCCGAAGUUCUGUCUAAUUAAUCCGUUUACUAGGGCUCAAAUUCAGUUGCCACCUCUAGACACCUUUCCAGAUGUUUUGAGAUUUGAUCAUAACAAGCCGAAUGAAGAAUAUUUUAUUUAUGGGGCAAGAAGAUAUAUUCCUAAUCAAAAAACAUAUUCAAAGGGUUUGGCUUACUUCCGAGAAAUUUUCGUCAAUAAUGUUGUCUUGUCGUCAAAUCCUGCUUCUAAUGAAUUCAUGGUCAUGGCCAUCUACGAUGAGCUUGGAGAAUUUGCUUUUUGUAGAAGUGGGGAUAAGAAAUGGAGUAAGUUAAAGGUUUCACGAUUUGCUGAAGAUGUCAUGUCUUAUGAAGGAAAAUUCUACGAUUUAACUCGUAGUAGAGAAGUUUGGAUUGGUGACGCUAUCUCGCUGCCACAGAUGACGAGAAUUGCGCCGCACCCUUCACGGCAUGUCCCAAAUGAGUGCUGGUUGGUGCGAAUGACAUCUGGUGAACUUGUGUUCGUUAAUAUGAAAUUUAAAUGGAAACCAAUAGUUGAUGAUCCCGAAGAAAGGGAAUAUUAUAAAACUACCCACCUUUGUGGUCUACGAGCUAUUUCAAGGACGGUUGAAAUGGAUUGA